GCACGUGCAAAUUCAUACAAGUGUUCAAUUUAUGGUGGCAGGUUGGGAUAUAUAAACCACAAAGAUGCCUACUUCCCAUCUUUCAGUCGACAUUUUAUACAAUUAAAUAUUUUAAGUACUCCUUUAAAUGAGUCAUCAGAUACACACGCAGUGUGCUUCAGUGUAAGACGAGAGGAUCGCUCUUUGCACCGUAGAUAACAGCCGGUCGACGGUCGGAUUAUCGGAGAUGCGGACGGUCGUGGCGAGUCGCGGGUCUUGGCAGUAGCGCAGUGUCUUUGGUGAAUACGCCCAGAGGAGUCGCGGGUCCUGGCUGCAGCAGCGUCUUGGCAGAUCCCACCCCUGCGAGUCGACUUUGGCGGAUCACACCAGCUCCGGACGGCGAUCAUGGCCCGGGCUAAUGACGGUGCUUACUUUAAGAGGUCCAGCCUGUUCUGGAUGCUCACCAUCACCCUGUCUCUGGGGUUCUACACGUGGACCGUUUUCUGGCCGGACCAGGUGCCCUACGCAAGCAUGGGUCCCUUAGGCUCGUUCUUCCAGUACCUGGUGAAGCAGCACUUCACAGUCAUGUACUAUGGCUGGUGGCUGGUCUGGAUGAUCCACAUCAGUGAAGCUUUCUACAGCCAGAAGCUGUGCAGGGACAAGGGCGUGGACAGCCAGCUAGCACGCAGCAUGUGGUUCGUGCAGACUUUCCUCUUCGGAAUCGCCUCCCUGGGGCUUCUCAUGAAGUACCGACCAGAUGCCAGGCUCAAACGUCAUUAAGGUCACCAGGCUGGGCAUAGAUAAGGAGGAACACCACUGACUUGGAGGACCACAACACCACUGACUUGGAGGACCACAACACCACUGACCUGGAGGACCACAACACCACUGACUUGGGGAAUCAAGCUGAAUACCCUUGACCAAGAGUAUAGUACCAACCAGCAGGACUCCAGCUCAGAGGACAGAUGUGACUCUCAGGCUUUCCCACAAUUCCUUGCAAACCCAUUGCACAAACCAUGAUGUCAUCAAACAGUUCCCCAAUAUGUGGCUGGUAACAGGCAGACUUUUUGUAGUAUCUUUUCAUAGCCUUAUUUUAAAGAGCACAAUUUAUGCUGUUAAAUCAUCAUUAGAUUUAAGAUAUUUUUGGUCAUAUUUAGAGACAUAUUUAACAUUGAAUUGUUUGUUUUGGUUAAUUUAGCUUGCUAGAGGUUUGCCUGAUGAGGGCACUAUAAUUCUUGUCUAAUAUGUUAUAAUCUUCUGUAAGAUUCUUAUCUCUGAUUUGAGUUUUCCAGCCUUCCAGUUGCUUAUCCAGUGUUGGGUCUUAGUGUGGGGGAGUGCUUCAGCGUGUAGGGGCACGCCUGAUUGGAUGCCCGACUCUCACAGGGCAAACACAAACACACACCAUGGGCAGAUUAGAUGUGCUGGUUACCCUGACUGCAUUUGGGCUGUGUGAGGAAGCCUAGGCAGCAGGGGGACCAUUAAAAAAACGGAGACAGGGUUGGAUUUAUGAGGCCACAGCCCCACCCACUCAGCCACCAUGACACCAUAACACUGGAUCCGCUUCCACCUGCCGUGUGCAGUGCAUCCGAGGUUUUCGGAUGCCCACAGCAGCAUUUCGAUGUACGGCAGAGUUGGGCUCUGCCACAGGUGGAGGGCAUUCAUGCCGGAACCGAAAGUUUGCUACCAAACAGAGCGGCACCAGUGCUCCCGUGUUUGGCCCUGGCCUGAUGCUGGCUUUGUGCAGUGUGGAUCAUGCCUUUUAUAAUCGGAAUAAAACCCUGAAAGAAAAGA